AUGUUCCUCUUCUCCAAAAAACACAAGACCCCUGUCAGCACUUACACAGACUCCUACUGCCCGCCAUGCUCUGUCAAGAAGACCAUCCAGGACAACGUUUCACGGGAGUUCUGGAAAGAGAACAAUUUUGUGACAGAGGGAGAGGGGGAACAGUCAGGCUGUCCCCCUGCAUCCUCAGCACCACAGGACACCCCUGUCUAUUGCAUGGAGAACAACAUGGAGAACUGGAGAACAACUCCCUUCAGCAGCACUGCCUGGAAUAAGCACUGCUCCUGCCUCUCCCGCCUGCCCAAGGAGACACGGAUGGAGACCUAUCUGUACCGUGUACCCAUGAUGCAUCCCCCAAAACCCACCUGCCUCAAUCCGUGUGAGAGGGAGGCAAUCGCCACCACCCUGCGCAGGCUGUCAUCCAGCCUGUCAUGUCGCCCAGUGCCGUCCCUGCAGCCAGUGUACACUAUGUCAACAAAGGGAGCCUUCCAGGGCUACUACAGCCCCUGCUCUGGGCGCCACUACUGCCUGCAAGGGAUGGACUACUAUGUUGAUAGGGAUCCUGCCAUCAGAAAGCAUCUCAACGCACUAGCAGAGAGGCCU